AUGUCUACCGAGACGGCAUCUCUGCUGACCAUUCCCUCUGRGCUCCGUAACUCCAUAUACAUGUUAAUCUUCGACGACCCAGAGCUCUACGCAUCGACGUCUAAAGAGCUCCCAGACAAAGCCUCCAGCUUCGCAACGGCCCUCGGACUACAAUCCAUCAAACCCUCAAACGCACGCAGCAAAUCCAAUGAACUCGACGUCCUACUCACAUGUAGGAAGAUGUAYGAGGAAGCCAACUUACUCGCCCUCUCACUCACACCCUUUCACAUCUCUGGAGAGUGCACCUACCCCGACCUGUUCGACCUACGAUCGCGUCCGUUGUCGGCAGCCAGAAUCGGUGCGAUCCGACAUAUCACGUUGCGGGCCAGAACCUCGCAUCUGAGAGCUCUCAACGAAGCAUGGCUGAGUCUCCCAUUUGGCCACCCAUCCCUCCGACUCGACACGCUCGUCAUCAUCCCCAGUCGACCUGAAGUCUACGGCGCGGCCUUUGCAGAAAUAGCAGAUCUCAGCCAAAGCCAUACUCUUGCRUACAUCUUUUCGGAGACGUUCAAAGGAUUGAGGAAUGUCAAGUGUGUCGAGGUGAGGAAUGAGGGCUGCUUCAACGAGAGCGUAUGGAAGCUGGUGUAUAAGCAAUUGACCUUCCGGCUAUGGAGAUGGGGAGGUGGGCGGUGUGGUGUGCGGUUCGAGAGCGGGGAGGGCGGGCCUGGCGGGAUCGCUGAGCGUUCCAAUCAGUGGUUCAGGGCGUGGUAUACGGACGAUCGCGGAGUGGAGUGUGGUGAGGAGGUUGUCAGGCUAGUGGGCGAUACGGGUGAAAUCCCAGAUCUCAGUAUUGCGGGUGUCAUGCCUUGA